CCCGGAAGUACACUGACUCGAGCGCCUCUCACUUUCACAAUGAGCUCUCAAAGUUCAGUCCUCCAAAGCAAGGGAAGACUUUUGUUACAGGUGUUAAAAUACGGCUCGCGCGGAGAACAAACCUGUUUUUAUCCAUCACUUCCGGCAAAGAGGCUGCACACACACCUGGUUUUGCGAUGCACGCGCACAGGAGAGUCGCGGAGGUCAUAUUAUAUCACCACACCGAUCUUCUACGUGAACGCGGCGCCUCACAUCGGACACGUUUAUUCCGCCGUGACAGCCGACUGUUUACACCGAUACCAACUCCUGCAGGGGGUUAACUCCAGGUUUGCUACAGGUACCGACGAACACGGGCUGAAGAUCCAGCAGGCGGCCAGCGCCGCCGGUAAAGACCCGCUGCUUUUCUGCACCGAGGUGUCAGGCAGGUUUCGCGACGUGUUCCAGAGCUGUAAUAUCGCAUACACCGACUUUGUGCGGACGACGGAGGACAGACACAGACGGGCGGUGGAACAUUUCUGGGCCAAGCUGCUGGAUAAAGGCUUCAUCUAUAAAGGCACUUACGAAGGCUGGUACUCCACACCAGACGAGAGCUUUCUCGCACCCGGCCAAGUGACCGAGAGCACAGACUCCACGGGCAGAGAGAUCAAAAUCUCCACCGAGAGCGGACAUAAGGUGGAGUGGAUGAAGGAGCACAACUACCUGUUCCGCCUCUCUGAUUUCCGAACCAGUCUUCAGGAGUGGUUAAGGUCAAACCCCAAAGCCAUUCAGCCGGAGAAGUUUUACCAUCUUGUCCUUCAGUGGUUGGAGACCGAGCUACCCGAUUUAUCAGUGUCGCGUCAGAGAAGCCGUCUGCAGUGGGGCAUCCCGGUUCCUGGAGAUCCCGAACAAACGAUCUACGUGUGGCUGGACGCUCUGGUGAACUACCUGACUGUUGCGGGUUAUCCAGAGAAAUACUCGCGGUGGUGGAACGUCGUCCAUCACGUCGUAGGCAAAGAUAUUUUGAAGUUCCACGCCAUAUACUGGCCAGCGUUUCUUAUGGCUGCGGAACUGCCCCUCCCUCAGGCCAUAUACGUGCACUCCCAUUGGACGGUGCAGGGAAAGAAGAUGUCCAAGAGUCUCGGAAACGUAGUAGAUCCGCUCGAGAGCUCGGAAAGGUUCACGGUGGACGGGCUGAGGUAUUUUCUACUCAGGCAAGGGGUCCCAGAUAUCGACUGCGACUACGACGACGACAAGGUGGUGAAGUUGUGCAACAGCGAGCUGGCCGAUUCUCUCGGUGGUCUUCUCAACCGCUGCGCCGCACCCUCACUCAACCCGGAGCAGGUCUAUCCUCCGUUCUGCAGCGUCUCCUUUCCAAAAGAGUCCGGCGGAAGAGCCGUGUCGGAGGAUUACAAACUGGUGGCGGCCGUUUCAGGGCUCCCUGUUUCGGUGAAGCAGAACUUUGACCAGCUGCGCAUGUAUAAAGCACUGGAAGCCAUCAGCGUGUGCGUACGUCUGACCAACAGCUUCGUCCAGCGACACGCGCCAUGGAAGCUCGACCGCACUGACCCCGAGGAUAAACUCUGGCAUGACACCAUACUGCAUGUGUCUAUGGAGUGUCUCAGGAUCUACGGCAUUCUCCUGCAGCCCGCCGUGCCUGUAGUAGCAGAUAAAAUCCUGUCCAGGCUGGGGGUCAGGUCCGACGAGAGGAGCUGGGAUAACGCACUCGACUUCCUGUCCAAGUAUGAAGGAAAACACUGUCCUUACGAAGGAAGAGCGCUAGGUCCAGACACUGGCGUGCUUUACAAUCGUAUUGAGAGGAGCAAACCGAACCAAAAAGCAGAAAAAUGACCAAAAAAAACCACAACAACCCAAGGUCUAAGUAAAGGAAAGUCGAGUUCGAAUGUCUCGCCGUAUAUUUUGAGGAAAAGAAUUGUAUUGUAAAAGUUUAAAAGCCUGAAAAUAAACUGAGCACUAGAGGUGGACUGGAGGAAAGCGUAUUUGCUGGUAAACAAUUGUUUCAGUUUUCUACCGGAACGUCUAAACGCACACCGUUCUCACACACAUUCACAUCUCGGGCUAAUUUAGAGUCAUCUACUCCAUCUACUGGAUGGAGAACGCUGAGGAAACCUCGUACAAACAGUAGCCCGAGCUCACCUCACGUUACAAACCGUAAGAAUCUUAAUAACGAUUAGAAACUUCGCUUGGACGCGUCACGUCAGAUGGUUUGAUCUUUAAACUUUCCAGAUCUUUUCCUCCAGCUUUUCAGUGCGAAAGUCAAUGAAAUUUCCACGACAUUGGUUUCAAAACGCAAAACCUAUACAUCGUCGUACGCAGCGAAACGUCUUUAAAUAUACCGCCAUAUUGCCCAGAUCCUACUGGUAAGCAAGGAUUGUUUCUAGCUACUGGUCAAUUUACCAUCAAGCAGACUUCUACCUCAUAAAAGAGCAGAAUGACCAGUAUUUCAGAUCUAUUAACAUCCAGUCAUGUAUAAAUCUACCGUUAUGAUUUGGGCAGCGCUUCCUGCCGGAGCCUGACGUUUGUGUGAUGCGAAACUACGAGAAAGAAUCCGAUUUGGCUUCAAGAUACUACCGUUUUUAGUUCCAAGUACAUACGGUCACCUGGGUAAUGAUUUAGGUAUGCAGUUUGCACACUGCUAACCCCCGUAGCUAUAAGCGUUCCUUAUUUGUUAGCGAGAUUAGCAUCGUCUCCACUAGAAAUAAGAAAGGAGCAAACGUCCGGCGUAAAAUCUAUCUAUCUAUCCAUCUAUAGCUGCGUUUACAUGGACAACAAUAAUCCGAUUAAGACCGUACUCUGAUUAAGAAACUAGCAUGUAAACAGCAAUUUUUACUUACCUUAAUCUAAUUAAGGUCAUAAUCGAAGUAAGCAAUAAUCUAAUUAAGACAGGUGGAGUACUCCUGUUUUAGUCGCAUUAUGGACGUGUGUUACAGACAUGUAAACACCUUAAUCACAUUAUGAGCGUCGUGUGAGUUUUCACCGCAUUUUGCGACAGGACACGAUCACACACGGCAGCGCAACCGUUUUACGGCGAACAAGAGAGUUCGGCUGCGUCCCAAAUCGCAUAGGCCUGUAGUGGGGAAAAAUACAUGCAUCUCGGCUACUAUAUAGACGGUAACUACGCGAUUUGGGACACACCCACGGCUUCAAGCAGUCGUCUAUUAGCACGUACAGCAUGACAAAUAAUUAACCGCACUUGAAGCGUUCGUAAAAAAAUUAAAUAAAAACACCCAAAACUGUAUACGGUACCAUAACGAAGACCAACUGUAUGUCGAUACGUGAAAUUCUGGAGGGACGUCGGACGGCGUGGCGCGGUGACGUAAUGACGCGGGCUGUUAAUCUAAUUAUGGUAUAAAACAUGUAAAACAGGAGCAUGACAGGAGUAUUCUAAAAGCGACUCAUGUAAACACCUUAAUCACAUUAUUAUCUUACUCGGAUUAAGGUCAAUAAUUAGAUCACUGCCGUCCGUGUAAACGUAGUCUAUGUCUCGUCUGCUCCACUGAGACUUAAUAUCUGGGAAUAUUUUAGUUUUCUGGAUAAACGUGUAUUAUAGUGAUUGUUGUACUACAGUGUGUUGGUGGAGAGGUGUGUGCGAGUUCAGUCAUGAUGCCUUAUUAUUAUUAUUAUUAUUAUUAUUUAUAUUAGUUUGUGAUAAAUCCACUUUUCAGAGUCUGGGACAAGAUCUAAAAAUUGACACGACUUUUUUUUUUUAAUGAGAAUACACGAAACUGAAAAAUUGUACAAAGUAAAAUAAAAUAAAAAACACUGCAUUACUCUCA